AUACCACGAACGCAACCGGACAAUGACAAAAUUGCUACACUGCCAAAGGAGGACUUGCCGGAAUUCGAGAGCGACUCGUUGAAUCACACCGCGGCUCAUCAUCGGAUUUCAGUGCGCCCUAAAAAUCGGCGACCACCCCGAAGGUCAGUCACGGCGACCAACAGCAGCAUGUCUUGCUCGACAAUCACCACCAUAUCAGAAAACUCGGACGUGCUGGACAGUCUUGAGAUGUCAACAGUUACAAGCAGCAACGCCAGCACCCCGAUUGACACCAAGGUGAUCACAGUGAUGCGAAAAUCCUCCAGCAGGAUGUCAUCAAGGACAUCCGAUUUGUUUGAAGAGUUUGAUGUUAAAAAGAAGCCCUCGAGUAUGGCCUCACUGUCGCCCGACAGUCUUGAUGUCAGUAUCACCAGGAUCAACGAGCAAACUGAUGCAAUAGGUCAGCAGGAUACUUCUGGUGACAUUAAAUUUAUAUCCAGGAAGUCAUCUGGAAGUCGUCAGGUUACUACUACUAAGCUUUCAAACGUUUACGACGAAUUGGAAGUCACACCGAAAAAGCGAACGUCGAUUACUCGGCUAUCAAAGUCCCCAGACAGCCUUGAUAAUUUAUUUUCAAAGUCCUCCGAGGGAUUUGACAAGCUUAUUGAGGACGAGGAGGUGCUACCGACCUUCGGAAGAUUGCAAAGUUUAAUAUCCAAGUCUACAGAUGGGUUCGAUAAGCUAGCGGAGCACGUCGAUAUUAAGCCUAUGCCUCGGAGACUUACUAAUAUGAUUUCAAAGUCUACCGACGGAUUUGAUACUUCAGACCGCGAGGAGCCCCGACCGGUCAGGAGACCCAAUAAUCUGGGCUACAAGUUCUCAGAUACUGUUUCCAAGUCCUCGGACAGCUUGGAGGCGAUUCAGGCUCUGGUGAGCGACGACUCGAUCGAGCGCAGGCGCAGCAGUUUCGAAAUUCGUCCGAGAAGAACUCACAAAACUAUGUCCAUGUCCUCGGACAACUUUGGGAGUCUGGAUAAUCACCAGCCGGAGUUGCAGAAAAUCAGCAGCACCUCUGAUGUUUAUCUUGCUAGGGUCAAUAAAAGUCACGGGAAAAUGGGGAGUGUGUCCAAGUCUACUGAUAACUUUGAAGCUAUUGAUAGUCAGGAGACCAGUCGGUCAAACAUAGACUUUAAACACAAUUACAAAAGCUACAAACGGACCAUCUCGUCAGAGAGCUCGGAUAAUCUUGAGCUAGAGGAUAAAGUUGAGACUCGGAAAGUUCGCAAGCCACCAAAGAAAAUACCCAACUCGGUUUUGGGGUUGUAUCCAGGCGAUGAUUAUGACAAAGAGGAUUAUGACCGCAGGCCUUGUUUGCUGAGAAAACCUCCGACUCCUAGGCUGCAAAAAUCCUCGGAAAGUUCUGAGCUUGGCAGUACUGACACUCUUGAUUCGGAAAAACGAAACAAGUCUGAUAGCACUGAGACUCUUGAUAGUCUUGAUAAAGAUUUGGAGCAAGAUACCAGAGAUGAUGAUGUACCUAAUAAUAUUAAUGAUAAAUAUGAUAAGAACGGCUCCUGGACAAUGAAGCCAGUGGAAAAUAAACACUACACCGAAAAUGCUGAUGGUAUGGAGGAAGAUUCAAAGUCAUUGAACUACUCCGACAAACCUUACUGGCGUAAAAGUUCAGAAUCAAAAGAAAAUAUUGACAUCCAUCAGCUGCUGACAAUAGUAAACGGUAAUAACCAACGGAACUCUGUACCAUUUACAAAAAAACUUACGACAUCACCGCCAUCGUCACCUGUCGUUAAGCAGGAGGACAAUAAGUUGCUAUUCAACAAUUUGCUUACCUCUAAAAAUGAUGAAGAAUUGCAGAAUAUGCUUAACGGAAACAUAUCUGAAGUGUCAACAGACACUAAGAGUUUCAAAGAGAAACUUAUUAUGUUUGAGAAACUUGGCAAGUGAAUAGAGUAAGAUCAAAUUAAAGCCAUUGUGUGAUACCACUUACUACUUUUUUUUUUUUUUUUUUUAUUUUCGUUUCUCUUUUUAGUUUAUUUACAACGCGUUCAUUAACGAAAAUACUUUACUACAAAUAUAUACGGGAAAAAAAGAAAAUAAACUUUCUUCCACUGUUUAAAUAAAUAAUAUAUAUACUUAUUGUAUCAGUAACUAUGGAGAUUAUUAACGAACUAAAUGUAAUGCAAAUUAACAAAAUACUUGCCUCUAAUGUUUAAAUAAUCACUUACAGUAUAAAAUUAAUACUCGCGCAAAAUAUGUAAUAAAUAUCACUGUAAUUUUAAUUGCCGAGUUAACUUAAAUAUUUUUUAUUAACGUUAUUUUGUAUACUUUGUAAUUUAAGAGUUCAAUUUAUUAUCUUUAAUUAAUUUAACGUCAAAUAUAUAAAACCUGUUAGGGUUCAAUCAAUAAUAUAUGUAGUGUUUAGUGAUAUAUUUGAAAAUUGUUUUUUUAAAUUUAAAAUGUGUAAAGAAUAUCGGCUGUCUGUGUAUAAAUCACCCAGUGAUACGCACUGUGUAGCUUAAAUAACGUAUUAAUUAAUAUUGUAAAUAAUUAUACCACGUAUCAUUAUUAUUAAAAAUUAAAAUCGGUACUACCGUGGUUACCUUACGAGGCCUAGAUGAGGCCUAAUAUAAAAAAAUGUUUCACAAUAAAUAAAAAAAAAUAUUCGACAUUUAUUUGAGAUUAAUAAAUGAGGAUUUAAAAUUUUUUUUAAUUAUUAAAACUCAUUUAUUAAAUCUCUAAAAUGGACUGAUCCCGAAAAAUAAUUAAAUUAGUUAUUAAUUAUCAACAUUAGUUACCUAACAUUAAUUACCUAUAUAAACAGUAAUAAUGUAAUACGUAAAACAAAAAAAAUGCAGUUUGGCAUGAGCUUAAAAA